AGUGAAGUCAUGGGAUCGUUCAGGAACCAGUAUUGCAUCCUGGUGCCUUUGGUCUUCCUUUUGGGAGCUUUGGCUCAUCGAGCCGCGGGUCGCGCCCUCCAGCGAGACGAUCCCAUGUACGAGUUGCACGAGCAGUGGGUGGCCCGUUACGGGCGCGUGUACAAGGACGCGGAAGAGAGGCAGACCCGUUUCGAGAUAUUUAAGGCGAAUGUACUUGGCAUCGAGUCGUUCAAUCGGGCGAACGACAAGCCUUACAAGGUCGGUGUCAAUGGGUUCGCCGACCUUACCAGCGAAGAGUUUAAGGCGAGGAACCAAUUCAAGUCGCACAUGUGCUCCACCGAGGCCGCUUCUUUCAAGUACGGAAACGUCACCGCGGUGCCUUCUAGCAUGGACUGGAGAAAGAAAGGAGCCGUGACGCCGGUUAAGAACCAAGGCCAAUGUGGAUGUUGUUGGGCUUUUUCAGCCGUGGCGGCUGUGGAAGGAAUUAAUGGAAUAACCACGGGGAAGUUGAUUUCUCUCUCCGAGCAAGAGCUGGUCGACUGCGACGUCGGUGGCCAGGACCAGGGAUGCGAAGGCGGCUGGAUGGAUAGCGCGUUCCAAUUUGUCGAGAAGCACGGCCUCACAACCGAGGCGAACUAUCCCUACAAGGGCACGGACGACAAAUGCAAUAUCAAAUCGGAAUCGAACCGUGCCGUGAUGAUAAAGGGCUACGAGGACGUUCCUGCCAGCAGCGAGGGCGCAUUGCUAAAGGCAGUCGCUAAUCAGCCUGUUUCCGUGGCCAUCGACGCCGGGGGAUUCCAGUUCCAGUUCUACUCUAGCGGCGUGUUCACCGGCGCUUGUGGGACCGAAUUGGACCAUGGUGUUACCGCCGUCGGAUACGGGACUAGUGAUGAUGGCACCAAAUAUUGGCUGGUAAAGAAUUCGUGGGGCGGGGAAUGGGGAGAGGAAGGAUACAUAAGGAUGCAGAGAGAUGUCAGUGCUAAGGAAGGCCUCUGCGGCAUCGCCAUGAAGGCCUCCUAUCCUACCGCGUAGACUUGAAUGAUGGAAUCAACAUAUCUGUGUGUACUGUAAAAAAAUGGUGAAGGUUUCCAGUUCAAGACCUUGUUGUAUACCUAUGUUUGACAUGUUGCAGAAGUAUAUGUAUAUGUACAAGCUGUGUGUCUUCAAGAAGUUAUGUUUGA